AUGCUAGAAGUGUCGAGGGGAAAACUAGGUGAGCUUAAGGAAGUCAUAAAAAAAUUUGAUAUAUUAGGAGUCACGGAAACCUGGCUUAAAAAUAAAGACAGAUUCGUGAUCCCGGGAUUUGAUGUAGUCAGAUGCGAUUUGAAGGAGGAUAAACAGGGUGGGGGUUUAGUUUUUAUAAUUAACAGAGGAGUAAAAUAUAAAAUAAGGAAGGACUUGAAGUGGAGGGGUACGGGCAGAGAAAUCCUAGGCAUAUCAGUAGACUCUAAUAGGAGCACUUGGGAUAUUAUCUUGAUAUAUAGAAGACCAGGGGGGAGAUGGCUGAAGGAGGACUGGAAUGGGUUAUUCAAAAAUAAAAGACAGGGCGUAGAGACAAUAUUUAUGGGGGACUUUAAUGCUAGAAAUAAGGUUUGGAAUUGUGCUGUGGAUAGUAGGGAGGGAUUAUUAUUGGAAGAGGUAACUAGGGAAAACGAUUUAUUUGUUGUGAAUACGCAUACAAAUUCGAGAAUUGGGACGGGUGGGAGACCACCAUCAAAUAUAGAUUUGUUUAUUGGAUCCCACUAUGUAAUGGAAACUGCAACAAUUAGCGAAGAAAAUGAGACUAUGGGGUCAGACCAUCAGGUUAUAACCCUGAUGCUGGGAAAUGAAGAGUUACAGAGAAUAAGGGAGUUUAAAAAUUCCACUAGAAAGUUUAGGGAGGAUAAAAUAAACUGGGACCUUUUCUCCAUCACUACAGAGGAGGAGGCCGAAAAACUGAUAGAAAGGUGGGGAGAGGUAGGACAAGAAGAGGUUGCGGGGGCUGUUGAGGAAAGGUGCAAGGACCUCACAGAUGCAAUAGUAAAUGCUAUCAGGAAAUCAGGAGGGGCCAAGGAGGAGGACGAGGUGACUAGUAGGAGAAGGAACAAUAGGACUAAGCCUGACAGGACUGAACAAAAAAAAACAAUUGUGGUGGGAUGA